AAAAAGAGUACAAAACUCAUUGAUAGCCAUCAGUUUCCAGUUAAAGUUUGAUACAUUUACAGGGAAUCAACAUGAAAAAUUCUCUUGGCAUCAUUUUGAUUGCUGCAGCAGCAAUUACAAUCGCCAGUGGAGGGAAUAAUCCAUCAACAUCAAGAUCCACAGCACCAAAUACUACUAGAGAAACCAAAUCCACGUUUCCAUACAAUAUCACAGCAGUCGAUCCAGAUGUGAACCAGCAAUUAUUGAAAGAUUUCACAGGACCAAAGGCUGGAUUUGUUCAAGUUGGCCCAAGCAAAUAUAUUUUCCCCCAAACGUUUAAAAAGCAUGCGGAGGGUUUAUAUAAUCUCCAAUCACGACCGGAUGAUAUUUGGGUCGCAUCCUUUCCACGAUCUGGAACAACAUUAAUGCAAGAACUGGUUUGGUUGAUUGCAAAUGAUUUCGAUUACACAACUGCACAGAAUAAAUCCCUUGAUGAACGAUUUCCAUUCUAUGAAUUUUGUGUUUUAAUCCAUGAUACCAUAGCCGGACGUGAAGAUGAGGACUCAAAGAAGUUUGCAGAAAAACUAUUGAAAAUGAUUGGCGGUCCAGGCUAUGAGCAUAUUUCAAAUAUUAAAACGAAACGUUUCAUCAAAACACAUUUACCAUUUUCAUUGAUGCCACCAAGUGUUAUGAAGAAAAAAGCCAAAGUUAUUUAUAUGGCGCGAAAUCCAAAAGAUGUCAUUGUCUCUUUUUAUUAUUUCCACCGUUUACAUAGAACAAUGCGGAACAGUGUUGAUUUCAAACAAUUUUGGGACUAUUUUGAAAAGGAUUUGGUGAAUUGGUCACCAUACUGGUCACAUAUCAAAGAAGGCUAUGCACGUCGUAAUGAACCAAAUGUCUUGUUCUUGUAUUAUGAGGAUGUAACUAAAGAUCUGCCAUUGGCCAUUCAAAAGGUGGCAAAAUUCAUCGGCAAAAAAACCAUAACUGAAGAACAAGUUCAGAAAUUGGCCGAACAUUUAAAUAUUGAAAAUUUCCGAAAAAAUACAGCGGUUAAUCAACAAAACCUAAGUAAAACGGACAAUUCAUUCAUCCGAAGUGGUAAAUCAACAUUAAAAGGGUGGCCAAAGGAAUACACAGAUGAAAUAAUUAGUCGGGUGGAAAUGUGGAUCGAAAAGAAUCUUGCAGACACCACAUUACGAUUUCCACAAUAAACCGAAUCAUGUUACUAUCUUUUUUGUAUUUGUAAAAAAACUGCGGGUUUUAAUGGUGGUGAGACCGUUUGUGAUCAUCCAUACCUUUCCCCUGGUCGACAAUUUUUAUUUUGAAAUAAAUAAAGGCAACUAGUUUUUGACGGUGUA